UGUGCGUAAGGAGUUAUGGCCCAACCACCAAUACCUGCUAGACAGCCUCCCAUUCCGAGACGAGGUCCGAGUCUAGCGUCUGAUGGUAAUGCAAGCAGCUUCGGCGGUUCCACAAGAGGGCAAUCGAAAGAAAAGAUGAGUAGAGGAAUGAGGAGUGUGAGUGUUGAUGUCGAUGACGGCGACAGAGUGUUCAGUGCUUAUCGGGAGAGGUCGGCAACUAUUGCGUUGAUUGUUCCUCCGAAGCUGCCUCCGAGACGACGGCCGUCUCCGAAGCUUAGUAGACGAGCCGAAGAAGGGACAGAAAACAACAGGAAACUGCCACAGUGUGAGAUACAUCCAACCCACUGUUGUGUCAACGACUCUGCAAACAUACUGAUUGACCUCCCAGGCAUAGAUGUAUGCAGGUUGAUCGAACCAAAGUGCAAAGUGAUUUUUUGUGGACAGAAAAGUCGACGGUCUGUCACAGUUGACGGAUUUAGAAGAAACCAUGAUUAUGGCAUCAGAGCAAGCUUUCCAGUUUGGUAUGAGAAAGACAAUGUCAAUGUUACUGUGGAGACCAAGAAUGGUACUAUUUUGGCAUCUGGGACUUUGGAAGUCUUAGAGAAACGUACGAGUGGUAGACAACUGACUGCUGUAGCAGCUUGUUUGGAGCAAACGGGAGAUUGGUGUUGUGAGCAGUUUUUGAAAAAUGUUGUUGGUGUGUAUCUCUCUUCGACACAAUUGAAACAUUUUACGUUGUCUACUUCGUCUAUGAAUAUGUCGUUGCUACCAGUCUUUAUAGACUUGUCUGACUCAGGAACUGCUAUUACAGACGUUUUUGAUCGAGUACUUACCUUUGCUAUGUGCAAUGGACUACCAACUGGAAUGUCAAUGGUCGACAUGUUCUUUGAUGUCCCAAAUCUCAAAUCAGUGAUGGAAGCAUCAGUUUAUGCUCAUGGAUCUCUGCAGCUGCUUGUCAACGUAGUGCACUCACAAUCAAGUCAUCAGUAUGUUCGAGACCAGAUCAACAUGUUAGUAUCGAAAGUUGAUAAAGGCAGUUCCAUUUCCUCAAUGGGCGUGAGUCAUGAGGGAUCCCAAAACUUUGAGAAUUCGAAGUUAAGUAAGACUGGCGGUGAUGUUUAUCCUUAUGGGCACUGCCCACAAGUUGACAAAAAUGUUUAUAUUUCUUCAACUGGUGUGAGUGGUGAACGAUCCCAUACAGUUGAGGUUUCGAAGUUGAGCGACAGUGACGAUGACUUCUACCCUUACGUGCACUUUGAGAAAGGAGCUCCGAAUGCAAAGACUGACAUUGACAUCACCUUCACAAACGAUCGUUUGGAAAACAGUGGCCAUUCAGUGUCUUCAUUGUCAGAUGUCAAUCCUAAACAAAGCUCUGAGAGUGAAAGUGACUAUCUUAUGCCAAUUGCACUUUUGGAGGCAAUGCAGAGCAAAUCUGUUAAUGAUAUUUAUGGUUUGUCUACUCUGUCAGAACGAGAAGAAUCCGAGGGGGAAAUAUGUUACUCCCUUAUUGACGGUAAAGACGACAAACAGGCUUCUUUCAAGAAAGGCUACUGUUUUAUUGAUCCUCCAGUGCCACCGCCUCCCCUCCCACCAAGUAGGUCACGUGGAGUUUCUAAUGCAGCUAGCACAAAAAGUCAUCAAAGGGUUCAGACAGUAGAUGAUGAUGACUCAGACGACGAUCCUGGACCUGGGUAUGUUAAGGUUGAUGUCUGACGAUCAAUAGUGCUGCAACUGCGUACAUCUUAUCGACUGAAUAUAUAACUGAAGACAGUUAGACGUAUUUCAAGUGAUUUUAUACGCUACUAUUGCUAUUCAAUGUUGUCAAUUAGUUUUAGUUAGAUUAAUUAAUUAACGUAAUGCGACAAUGAUCAUAAAGACUGGGGCAGAGCCCAUAGUAUGGUCGUAAUUAUCACUUUGACUGACAAGUGUUGAUCUGCUUACUUAGCUAUGUAGGAAUGCUUUACAAUUUAUUUGUUGGCA